UCAAGAACCACAACCCACUUUUUUUCUUUCUUUCUUCUUUCUUCUUUCCUUGUUUCUGUUUUCUUUCUUCUUUCUCUCCUGUACCCUUAUUUGAGCUAGUAGUCAUAGCAGCCGCUACUGACCAAAAACUAAAAGCAUAUUUAAAACAAGAAAUGUUAGCUUCCUUAUUAUAGAAUUCAAAGCAGCCCAACCAACUCGGUGGCUCGAAAAUUCAUAUUCUAUUUCAUUUAAACACCUUGAUAAUCUUUCUUUCAUAGUUUCCACCAGAGGAAUAUUAAACUUAAACAGAUGGAGUUACUAACUUUAGUCUGCUUAGUCCUCCAAUUCAUCAUAAUUUCUUUCCUUCCCAAAAUUUCUGCACAGUUUCAAUUCACCUAUAGCAAAUGUGGAAACAUCACAUACACCCCAAACAGCACUUACCAAACCAACCUCCAAACAGUCCUCAAGUCAAUAUCCUCGGAUACUCGAAGCACAAAAGGCUACUACAACUUCACUGCUGGCCGAAGUCCCAACAAAGUUGAAGCCAUGGUCCUCUGCACGGCCGAUAUUCCAGUGAAUACUUGCCGGCUUUGUAUGCGUGACUCAGCCGCAAUUCUCCCAGUAGUUUGUCCUAACCAAAAACAGGCCUUUGGGCACGGUGGAAACUGCUUGAUAUUUUUCUCAAAUAACUCCACUUUUCAUGUUGUAAGAGAUGAUCCGUUAUGGGCUGUGUGGAAUAACAAGAAUGUUUCUAAUAUAGCAGGGUUUAACAAUACGCUUACUUCCUUGAUGAGAACCUUACAAAAUCAGGCUUCAUUAGGAAAUUCUGAGCUGAAAUCUGCCAUUGGACAGACUAAUAUUACUGGUACAAAUGAAACUGUAUAUGGGCUUGUGCAGUGUAGUCCUGAUUUAUCAAGGCUUGAUUGUGUUGCCUGUGCAGUGUACUUUCCGACAUGGCUUGUUAAGCCUACAUUUAUAAGUGCAGGAGCGAGAGUGUUAUCUCCUAGCUGUAAUCUUCGAUAUGAAAUAUAUCCCUUUCAUGUAGGUCCACUGCCAGGACCACCACCGCCACCACAACUACAAGCAUCAAAUACAAGUACUACUGCACAAGUUGAAAAGGGCAACAAGUCUCAUAGAGCUAUUCUUGUCAUUAUCCCAAUCAUCGGGUCACUAUCACUCAUCAUAGUUAUAGCUACAAUAUACACUUUACAGAGGAAGAAACAGAAAAAGUCUGCUAAAGACCUUAACAAGGAUGAAAUUGAAACACUCCAGUCAUUACAGUAUAGUCUUGGAACCAUCAAGGUUGCAACAAACAGUUUUUCUGAUGACAAUUAUCUCGGAGAAGGUGGAUUUGGCACAGUUUAUAAGGGAAAACUACCUGAUGGGCAAGAAAUUGCGGUGAAGAGGCUAGCAAGGAAUUCAGUUCAGGGAGAUUUACAGUUCAAAAAUGAAAUUUUGAUAUUAGCUAAGCUUCAGCAUAGAAAUCUGGUGAGGCUUCUAGGAUACUGCUUGGAAGAAGAAGAAAUGCUUCUGAUUUAUGAGUUUGUGAUCAAUAAAAGCCUUGACAAUUUUCUGUUUGAUCCUAUGCAGACUUCAUCUAUGCCAUGGGAAACACGCUACAGAAUUAUUAUUGGCAUUGCUCGAGGACUUCUUUACCUUCAUGAAGAUUCUAGACUACGCAUCAUUCAUCGUGACCUCAAAGCUGGUAAUGUUCUGCUUGAUGCAGAUUUUAAUCCUAAAAUUGCAGAUUUUGGCAUGGCAAGGUUGUUUAACAUUGACCAGACUCAAGCAGUUGCAAGCAGAAUUGUUGGAACCUAUGGAUAUAUGGCACCCGAGUAUGUGCUCCAUGGUCAUGUGACAGUAAAGGCCGAUGUCUUUAGCUUUGGGGUACUUGUCCUAGAGAUUGUAAGCGGUCAAAGAAUUAGCUCUUUCCAAAUUGGUGACAAUCCCGAAAAUCUGCUUACUAUUGCCUGGAAAAGUUGGAUAGAAGGCAAGGCAUGGAACCUAGUUGAUCCUACAUUAUCCCCUGCAUUUAACACUGAGAUAUUGAGAUGCAUACACAUCGGUUUGCUGUGUGUCCAGCAUAACCUGGCAGACAGACCUACUAUGUCUUCAGUUGAUCUUACGCUGAGUAGUGGUUCUGUCUCUCUCCAAGUGCCUUCACAACCAGCAUUUUUCACACGAAGUCAGACACCAACAAGUAGCAGAGUGGCUGCUGAAUGUUCGAUAAAUGAGGUUUCUAUGACAGAAGUCUACCCUAGAUAGGACUCAUUGAAUCUGCAAUCAAACCUCUAUUUUGUUGCAUCAAUAAUCAAUUCAAAUGAGUUUCUAAAAUAAAUGUAUAAAGCCUUAUAAUGAAAUGAUGCAUGAGAACAAGACGGGAGGUAGUUGGCAUGGCCGGUUGAAGAAAAAGUAAGGCAAAGGAAUUUGUUUUCACCUUUGUUUUGCUGCUAUGUAAUUCAUAUUAAUUUGAUUAUUUUGGUUUCCCUUGUUUUGAUAAUAUGAUUCCAGGACUUGAUGUAUUCUACAAAAUAUUUGAUUUUCUUA